AUGAAGCUCUGUAUUGUAUCUUUCCUUAUUCUAGGCCUUGUGGCUGCGGCCCCGGCACCUGUUGCCGCGCCUGCGCCCUAUGAUCGACAUCUCCCUGCUCGCAAGGGCGAGCCGCCUACCAAUCUAAUCCGCCGGAAUCUGGGCGUAGAUGGCGCCCAGCCCACUGGUACUGCCACUGGCACCGGAACAGCACCAGCUACGCCGCCUCUCAAGACGGGAUGGCCAACGUCUGCCAACACGGCGCCCAAACCUCAGGCUACAGGAACUGGAACCGCCUCCAAGGCCGCUCGUAUUAUCCCCACAGGCACCAGACCCCUCGUCCUCGUCACCGGAACCGCCGGCACCAUAGCUUCAGCUGGGCCGACGCAGUCUGCGGCUACGAGUUCGUACAAUUUUCCAUCGCCAACCACGACCAAGGUGGGCAAGCAGGCUGCCGAGGCCUCUUCGGCCUUCUGGUGGCUACAGAACUAG